GCACCCCCAGCCCACGCCUAUUGCCAUCCACCAGUCCCCCACCCCUACCGCCGUCCAUAACUCACCCACCCCUAUCUUCUCCUCAACCUCAACUUCAGUCCAAAUUCAUAUUUUUUUUAUCUAUCACCGCCAAACAACCUUAAACAAAGUACAUAAAAACAUCAAAAUUUCAAUCUUUUUCACAAUCCAACUUCAAAACUGUCAACAAGAAGAUAUGAGUAUCAAAAAACAACCUUAAACAAAGUGUAGAAAAACACCAAAAUUCCAUUUUUUUCACAAUCCAAGGUUGCCAUGGCAUUAGAGCCGCAGAACCACCAUUAAUUCCCCCACCCCCCACCAUUUACCCUACGUCUACUACCGAGCUUUAAGGGCAAAAUCGUCAAAAUCAAACUCAACGUAGUAUUUCUCCGAUAUUCCAAACUCUGGCAAUCGAAAAAAUGAGUCAACUUGCUUUAGAUGAACUCUUAAAGUUGUUCAUCUGCAAAGCACUGAUCGUUGAGAUGUUCAUGCUCAUGCCAGGCUCAUUCAAUUAUGAAAAGAUAUUUCUUUUUUGAAUUUUGACAAUGAAUGAAAAGACAUUUCUAGAAAUGUCUCUUGAAAGAUGUUCUUGGUAUCAGAACUUGAUAUGUGCCUUGACCGAAGAAAAGAUGGUGAAGAGAGUUAGAGAGAUGGAUAAGAGAGACUAGAUGGUUUUCACCUCGUUUUUUUUUUAAUUCUCAAUUUCAAUUUUUUAUAUUUUUUUAAUAUUUGAUUUUUUAUGUGAUAUUUUUAAAAUGACGUAAAAUUUAAUAUAGUAUUUUAAAUGAGUCAAAAAAAAAAUAUUUAAAAUAUUAAUUUUUAGUGAUUCAAGAGUUUAGAUAAUAAACAUAUAAAGUAUACACAUUACAUAGCAGGAGGAUGAUUGAACUAUUUUUGCCAAGUUUAAACAUCAUAAGUCCCUCUGUUUUCUGUCCCAUGACAGAGAACAGUUUCCAGAAAAACAAUGUUGAAAAUCCUCUUACAACCAUUCUACCAAACCUCAUUUUCACCGUCUACUUACGCACCCAUUUUCCAGUUCUUGAUUGGCAAGAAUCUACUCAAACUCGGCCAACAACUUCACGCUCACAUGGCGGUUCGUGGGAUUUCUCCUAAUGGAAUAAUCGCAGCUAAAAUGGUCGCCAUGUAUGCCAGCUCCGGUGAACUCGACUCCGCUUCACGUAUUUUCGAUAAUGCCACUGUACCCUCUGCGCUUCUUUACAAUGCAAUGAUUCGAGCACUGACGCUACAUGGAGUUACUGAAAGAACUAUACAGCUUUUCUUGCAAAUGCGUUCGUUAGGUUUGCGUGGCGACAAUUUUACGUAUCCGUUUGUUUUCAAGUCGUGUGGUGAUUUGUGUGAUGUUUGGUUUGGGAAGUCUGUUCAUGGAUUGAUUUUGAGGUGUGGGUUGGUGUUUGAUAUCUAUGUAGGUACUUCUUCGAUUGAUAUGUAUGUUAAGUGUGGUGAGUUGAUUGAGGGACGUAAGCUGUUUGAUGAAAUGUCUGUGAGAGAUGUAUCGGCGUGGAAUGUAUUGAUUGCUGGGUAUAUGAAGGAUGGGUUGUUCAAGUAUGCUGAGGAGUUGUUUGAGGAAAUGCCGAUUAGGAAUAUAGUGUCGUGGACGGCUAUGAUUUCUGGAUAUGCUCAGAAUGGUUUAGCUGAUAAGGCGUUGCGAUUGUUUGAUAAGAUGUCGGAUUGUGAUUCGGAAGUGAUGCCUAAUUGGGUGACGAUUAUGAGUGUGCUGCCUGCUUGUGCGCACUCUGCUGAACUGGAUCGUGGGAGGAAGAUACAUAGUUUUGCUAGAGAGACGGGAUUGGAGAAGAAUCCUUCGGUGCAGACCGCUCUUAUAGCCAUGUAUGCUAAAUGUGGAAGCUUGGUUGAUGCUCGUUUGUGUUUCGAUCAGAUGAAUCCGAAGGAGAAGAAGCUGGUUGCUUGGAAUACGAUGAUUACCGCUUAUGCAUCUCAUGGCUGUGGGCAGGAAGCUGUUUCAAAGUUUGAGGAUAUGAUGCGAGCUGGUGUACAGCCUGAUGGAAUCACAUUUACAGGCUUGUUAUCAGGCUGCAGCCACUCAGGUCUUGUGGAUGUUGGACUGAGAUAUUUCGAUUGUAUGAGUUCAAUUUACUUUGUUGAGAGGAGACAUGACCAUUAUGCUUGCGUGGUUGAUCUUCUUGGUCGUGCUGGACGAUUGGUGGAAGCAUAUAACCUCAUUUCUCAAAUGCCAAUGGCAGCAGGACCAAGCAUUUGGGGUUCCUUAUUAGCUGCUGGUAGAAGCCACCGCAACUUAGAAAUUGCAGAAUUAGCAGCUAAAAAGUUAUUUAUCUUGGAACCAGACAACAGCGGAAAUUACAUUGUGCUCUCAAAUAUGUAUGCAGAAGCUGGAAUGUGGGAGGAGGUGAAUGAGUUAAGGAUCCAACUGAAAUCACAACGUAUUAUGAAGAGUCCUGGAUGUAGUUGGAUUGAAUUUGACGGGAAGGCUCAUUUGUUCCUUGGAGGAGAUACAUCUCAUCCACAGGCAGAGCGAAUAUACAUGUUUCUGGAGGCACUGCCCGCCAAAAUAAAAGCAGCUGGUUACGUGCCGGAUACUACUUUUGCUUUGCAUGAUGUGAGUGAAGAGGAGAAAGAGCAAAACCUAAGUAGUCAUAGUGAGAGGCUGGCAAUUGCAUUUGGCAUUCUUAAUACAAGCCCAGGUACAGUUCUCCGAGUGACAAAGAAUCUUAGAAUUUGUGGAGACUGUCAUACUGCUAUAAAGUUUAUCUCAAAAAUAUAUGAAAGAGAGAUCAUUGUAAGGGAUGUGAAUCGGUAUCAUCAUUUCAAAGAUGGUACCUGUUCCUGCAGAGACUACUGGUGACUAAAAAUGAAGAUGUAGAUAAUUGAUACCUCUGAUUUAUCUGUUCAUGGCUAGAUCAACCGACAAACUCAGAUUGAGAAUUCUUGAAGUCGCUGUGCAUAACCAUCUCUGAGACUACCAGCUGUAACAUCAGCAUUGUUCACUGUCCACGCUUGGGUGGAAAUUAUUAACCUCCAGUGGCAUUGAAUGUUUAUGUGUACACAAGCUAGCUGUCUUCUCAUUGAACAAUCCACCCGAUUGGUGAAUGACAAGCCUCUAUGAAGACUUUAUUAUAAUCACUUUUGGAGAAGCCUUUUAAAAUCUCACGAUGUAACUGUUGAGAAAAGAGAAGCUUCAUCAUGGCCUAACGUAAAUUAACUUUGGAAAGAAAAAUGUUGUUUGUCAAUGAAAAAACGGUAA